AUGGCUACGGACAAAGAGGCAGCACGCAAACUCGAGGAAUUUCGGAGGUCCGUCACGAACAAAGGCGAAGACAUUGUGUUCAAGGUCUUCCCCAACAAGCUAAUGUUUACCUACUCGGAUGCAGAUUCGCCGUUUAACAUGUUGCACUCCAAGAAGACCGAUACUACAAUCUAUCCUCCUCCUUCAAAUGCUGACGUAGAAGAUCCUCACACCAAGAAGAGGAGACGUACAGCAGACGGCAGCGCUGAGAACGGUGACGUGCAUCACACGCCACGUCCGAAAUACUCAGACCUUGUUCAUUCCAACGAACAUAUAAGCUCGCUUCAUGAAACUGUGAAGAAAGAGUGUGAUCAGUUGGCUGAUUUGUGUGAUCAAGUAAAACUAUGGGUCAACCUCACCAUGCCAAAGAUCGAAGACGGUGAUAACUUUGGCGUACAAGUGCAGGAAGAGGUAUUGGCGGAAUUGAUGCGAGCCCAGGAUAGCGCGUACAAUGUCCGUGACGCAGCGCGACAAGACCACCUUCAACGAGCCAAGAUCUGCUCAAAGCUCAUCAAAUAUCCGCAUAUCGAAGACUACGCAGCCUCGCUGCGAGAACAUGACGAGAAGCAACUUUACUUUAUCCGCCAACACCUUAUUGAUAUCCGAAACAUCUACGCAGUAUUGACUGACCUAAUUCACAAGAACAUCUCCAAGAUACGAGCGCCCAAAGGCAACAACGGCAUGGGACUCUAUUGA